AUGGAGGGGGUGCACCACGCUAUGGAGCCAUCCACAGUGUCCACGUCAUCCAAGCUUACCGUUACCAGCGACAUAUCCUGCGAUGUUGCCAGCAAAAUGCUGGCAGUUCGAAAAGAGCAAAUGGAAUGCGACGCACUGGUCAACCCAGACAGAAACCGUGCGCCUUUUCGUGAUCGAUUUGCUGGACGUCCCCGGCGCGAAAAAACUGAUUCGGACAACAUUCAAUUCGCCGAUGAUUCUUCAGAUGGAGAAGAUUUAGCACGAAAAAUGGGCCGAUCAUUUCCCUGCCACUUACACUGA